ACAAUUAAGUGGCAAUACAUUAUGAUUGUGAGGGUAAGAAAUGUAUCAUUAAGAGGUAGGAUCUUACCAAGAGUGAGAACACCACUUUUAUUGACCCGGUCUAUGAACCCUUUAUUAAAUUAUUACUCUACAUCAACUACAACUACACCCAAAGUUCUUAAACCUUCAUCAUUUGCUCAACCAAUAGAGAAUCAAUCUACUCCAAAUGUACAAAAGACAGAUGUACCACAAGAAGAUAUAGAUGAUUUUGCGAUCACAAAGCUUAUACAUGGUCAAACCGACCUUCACAUAGCCAUAACUGAAAGGGCAAGUAAUAAACUUACUGAUAUUGCAACUGCGGAUAACAAUCCAAAGACAGCCUUAAAAAUCAGUGUAGAAAGUGGUGGGUGUCAUGGGUUUCAAUACAACUUAGAACUUACUGAUUUGGAUGUGGAAAUGGCCAAGGCUAAAGAAGAAGAUAUUGAAGAUGAACUUUUGGUAUUCAAAAGACAACAAGAGGGCAAAACUGCUGUAAUUGUUUUGGAUGACAGUUCCUUGCAAAUCUUGCAAGACUCCAAGGUUGAUUAUACCAAGGAGCUCAUUGGUAGUCAAUUUAAAGUGGUUGAUUCGCCAUACACAUCUACUGCUUGUGGUUGUGGAGCAUCUUUUGAUUUUGAUUUUGAAAAAUUGGAAAAGAAAAACAAUGAAUUGGCCAAUAAGCUGUGAUGUAUAUAUGUAUAACUUAUAUGAUUGAUGAUACGAA